UAUCCCCAUACAAACCAUUAAACCCAAGGAAUAUGAUUAUAAUUUUGGUGUUUGUCUUCAUAAAGGGAUUGGACCUGAUUUCAAGCCUAAGGUACUUCUGGAUUAUGUGAAGAUGCACUUGGCAGUAGGAGCUGAAAUAAUAACAAUAUACAUACAGACUGGGGCAGAAGGAGUCUAUGAUAUAUUACUACCAUACAUUAAUAAAGGAACUGUUGAAGUAUUGGACUGGAAGCUAGAGCCCAACAUUACUAAUGGAGGCUCCCAUCAUUACGGACAGACUGGGAUAAUAACUGAAUGUCUUUGGCGUAAUAUAUAUCGAGUGAAGUACUUGGGUAUGAAUGAUGCUGAUGAGUUCUUUAUUCCGGUACAACAUAAGACAAUAUCGGAGCUGAUGUCUGAUAUUGAUAAAGCUCCUACCGCAACUUUCGGUUUUCAGAAUUUCAUGAUGAAAGGGAAUGAGAUGCUGCCAAAAGUAGCGAAAGCGUUGAGUUCAAACAGCUGCUCUGAGAUAAAGAAUGACUCCCUCCCUAUUUAUUACACGAGAAGCAAAGGCUGUGUCAUGAGGGGGCGGUAUGUUCAAAAGGCUGUAUUUCUUCCUGAAGCCAUUUACAUUCCGUGGGUCCAUCACCUCAUCAAGCGGCAGCAUCAGAGGAAGGAGUAUAAGGAGGAGCUUAGGGUACCAGAGGAUAAGGGACUCUCCUAUCAUUUCAGAGAUGGUUGGUAUGACCGACCUGAUACUAAAAAUAGGAAAUGUUCUACUCGAACUUACAAGGCUACAGUGAUUGAGAGGUACCUCAAGGCAAUGACUGGCUGUGAUAUUUAAUGUAUUACGUCAUAUGACAACUAAUGAAUUUUAUACUACUGUUAUAGUACUGUUAUUAAAACUAUUUCAUAAACUCUUUUCUAUUUCUGAUGCAAUAAUAUCUUUGGUAGACAUUUUUUGACCUUCAGUUAGUUUGUUCCCCCAAGUCA